AUGAUGAUCGGUCUCAAACUGGCUGUACAAAUCACUCAAUCAACUCAAAUGGGUGAACUUGUCAGUGUGUUUAGAGAUCAAAGAACUACAAGAGAAAAUCAGUUUCCUGCAACUGCAGCUGGCUUCAAUCGCUGGUCAUCGCUUUCGGCUGAAUAUUGUGUUUCUGAAGAAUCUAUUCACGAGUUGAGGAAGAAAACCCAGUCCCAGGCAAAAAUAUAUUCAGCUACCGAUGUUCUCAAGGAAAUUUUACUACUUGUAGUUGAUGAAGAGGAAGAGUUUUCUUGUCCUCCUAGAGAUCCCGAGGCUCUCAUUUUCAUGGAGAAAGUAGUUCUGAUGAACUUUUUGGUCAUUAUGAUGCUCUACCUCAAUCCUGAUAGGACUGUCUUGUACCCUUAA